AUGUCCCCUCUGAGUAUUCCUUCUACUCCGCGGGAGGUGGAAGCCAGCAAAUACAUUCAAGGUGCAUGGGUUGCCUUUGCCAAAGAUCCUCACAAGGGAUUGCGGAAGUAUGGAUGGCCCGACUACAAACCUCAUGGAAAUACCCUGAUCAACCUGGCCCUGAAUAACAGCCUCGCUCCGGUUUUUACUUCGCCCAAGGGAUGGGAUAGCCACUGCAAUGGAUCUAUCUUUGUACCAUAA